GGGAUAUUGCCUGUAGAAUACCUUGGAACUGAUUGGCCUUAUCAAGCUCUUUCUUUACUUACAAAUGCUCGACAAAUUCUUGCUCAUUAUCAACGUCAAAUGCUCCAGAAGAAAGAGAUUACACUUCCAUUUUUUUUCUGGACCUUUAAAGAACUUUCUCCUUCUCGACAGGCUGAGCUUAUGUCAAUGGUUGAUACUCUUUUAAAGCAAAAUCGAUAUAAAGAUGCAAUACAAGUUGGCUUAAAAAUAAUUGAAAUUGCUUUAAAGGGAUUAGCAUAUUAUCAGAAACAUGAUCGAAUUGCUUUAAGCAUUAGUAUACUUCUUGGAUUCUUAGGUUGGAUAAGUUAUGUUAUAGUGCUAUUACUUCGAGAUUACACAACAGUUGGCCAUACUUCUCUUGAAUCAUCUGUUAGGAUGCCCGAAGACACUAUAUCUAAGAUUAAGUGCAUUUUUGUUUAUGCAUUUUUUGGAAGCAUUAUAUCAUUUCUUUUAUAUGUUCAAAAUGCUUCUGUGAUGUAUUAUGCAUAUUUUUUGCUGCCUGUUAUUUUAUGGAUGAUGGUAUCCUUACAGUGGGAUUUGAUAAACUCAGCUAAAUUAUACAUCGAGCGAAGAAAUGUUCUUUACAGAUUCAUAUCUCUUUCUGUGCUUAGUUUCAUAGCAGUGGAACUUUUGGUUUUAUCCUUUUUUAAAAGAGAAAUCUUAUCUUUUAUCCUGUGGGCAAUUGCAUCCUGGCCAUUUUUUUCACCUUUGACAUCUCCUCAUAAGAAACUAUGCUUUGCUUGGUGCACUACCUGUGUAAUUUUAUCUGUGUUUCCCAUGUUGCCUGUGGUAGGCAGGGAGUCCAACUACAAUUUAGUCAUUCUAGCUGGCUGGUUGUUUGUCUUGUGUGUUGGUCUCUGUGCUAGAAGGCCUGAGACUGGUUUGAUUUUAAAUAACAGGCAGUGCAGAAGAGAACCUCAAAAUAUAGUCAUCACUACAGCAAUUCAAGUUAUAUUGCUUUGUGCUGCUACAUUUACUGUCCAAAGUACUGCAAGUAGUAUUUCUAAUAAGGAAGGGCUACCAUUGCUAAAUCAAAUUGUUUCGUGGUUAAUAUUAGGCUCAUCUCUGGUGCUUCCUCCUUUUGGUUCACAGUCUGUUCUGACACGACUUCUUAAUGUCAUGACAUCUUUAUUUGCCCCUUAUAUUCUUCUAUGCAUCUCUCAUGAAGGAAUAUUUUGUUUGUUUUUGUGCAUACAGAUGAUACUUUGGCUGUAUUUAGAGCAUCACCUUUCUUAUAAUUAUCAAAAGUUACAAGAUUUAUUUUUUGUGUCAAGUCCUACUCAUGUCCUUCGGAAGCCCAUUCUUCAUGAACUAUCAUUGGCAGAUUUAAGAAGAGCUUAUUUUUUUAUAUUUUUUAUAUUUCUCGCAUUUUUUGGGACUGGAAAUAUAGCUAGUAUAAAUAGUUUUGACCCUACGAGUGUAUAUUGCUUUCUUACCAUCUUCAAUCCUUUUGUGAUGGGUUUCUUAAUACUUCUGAAAAUCUUGAUACCUUUCUUAAUUGUAAGUUGUGUAUUCCGAGCAAUAAUUGUGAGCUUGAAAAUAUCUCCACGUGCGAUGUUUCUUCUUAUCUUACUGAUGUCAGAUUUCUUAGGUUUGCAUUUCUUUUUCCUGGUAAAAGACAGUGGAAGUUGGCUAGAUAUAGGAACAUCCUUGAGUCACUACAUAAUCAGCAUAACGAUUAUAAUUUUUAUAAUGCUUUUAUAUGGUUUGGCAUGGUUUCUAACUUCUUUUUCUUUAAAUUUUCCUUCUUUUAAAAGGAAAAGACAUCUUUUAUGAUGUUUGUAAAUUUGACUGUUUUUAAUUUUUCUGGCACAGUAUAAUAAUUCUUUUGUAUUACUAAUGUGAAGUGAAUUUAUAAUUUUUUUUUUACUUUGUUGCAGAAAUAUUGUAUUUUGUAUUUGUUUAUCAUAAUACAUGUUUUAUUUUCUAUUAUGAUAUUUUAUCCUAGUCAAAACAUUUUGCUUUCUAUGUAUGACACUUCACUUAGUAUUUUUACACUUUUUUUUUAAUGUAGUGAGCUUCUUAUUUCAUGAAUUUUAUAUCAGCAACAAGACUAUAUUUUGAAAUAUAAAUUUAUGAUUUCAAAAAUUAUAAAAAUGUAUUGUAAAAUGCUUGUGAAGUGUUUGUGCUUUAUAAAAAUGUUCAUAAAAGUUAAGUUCAUAAAAAGAAUAUUGAUGAAUCUCCUAUUUUUAAAACUCGCUAAUUUAUGCAAUCUUAUGUGUGAAAUUAAAUGUAAUAUGCAUUUUGUAUGUUGGAAUGUUAGUAUUGUGAUUUGAUUAGUGCAAGUCGAACAGUUAAUAUAUUGAAUUAUUUAGCAUCUUUGAUUUUAAUAACUUUAAUAUUUUUGUGUUUAUUUUAUUCUUAGUUACAUUUCAUAUUAAUAUUUUAAGAUCAUUUGUGAGAAUUUGUGCUAUUCUUUCAUUUCCAGUAAAGCUUUGAAUGGAAUGAACAAAACUGUGUAUAUUAUAAUAUUCUUUCUGGAAAUAAUUUUUACAAAGUUACAUAUUUAAAUACUAAAUCAAUACCUUACUUUUCUAAAUGCAUCGAGAAAAUCGUUAUUCUUGAAUGUGUUUUAAAAGGUUUGAAAACUGCAUGUUAGGGUAAUUAAAGCCUACUUUGGGGGUGGGGGAUAUUAAACUAGCUGUUUUCAGAAAUAUUUUGAUAUUAUUGAUAAAAUUUAAGUAAUUUAAAAAACAAAAAUCUCUUUCAUAGUGACCACCUUUAGUAUUUCUGAGAAUAAAAAUAAAUAUUGGUGUUCAGCAUCAUCUCUCUAAGGCAACCACUUACACAGAAGACCUAAGUCAACUAAAACUAUAAAGUUGAAAGAAGUCUUGGAGAAGAUUUUUUGGAUAUUUAAAUUUGUUGUUGAAAUAAUUAAUUAUAUUUAUGAAAUAUUUUGAUACUGUAGAGGAACUCAUUUUCUCCAAUAAAAUUUUCUGCUUUUACAAUAAAAAGCUAGUUUUAGUAAAGCUGCUAUUCCACUUCCUGUAAGAUAAUAAAUUUGGGCAUGGAGGAGACAAUAAAUAAUUAAUAUAAAUUAGUCUUGCAACAAAAUGCUUUUAAAAUGCCAAAAUUUAUAUAAACUUCUAUAAUUUUCAUUCCGGUACUUCGAAGAUUAGAUUUAAACAACUGACAUGAAUUAAAAACAUUAAUAAUACUAAUUUUGUCCAAAAGCAUCUUUCGAUAGAUAAAAUAUGCAUAUUCUAGAUCAAAUAUAACAUAUUUAAUAUGUGAUUGGAAUUUCCUCUGUAAUAUUUUGAUGUUGUUUUCCUACUUUCCAUAAUGUACCUAAUUAAAAUAGAUGAAACAGGUAGUAAUUCCAUUUGAAUUGUUAUAAUCUUUAUCAGAUAGUUAAUUAUUGCUAUUUGCUUUGUAUCAGAAACCAGAUUGUCCUUUUAUUUAAGAACAUAACUUGUGUUCUAAAAUACAGCCUUAAAAAAUUUUUAUUAUUGAGGUUGUCUUUUUGUUGUAAUUAUUGUUCAUGUGUAUUAGAUUAAGAUUUUAAAAAAAAAGCUGUUACUUUGGGAAAAGAAGAGUCAUUCAGUUUUUAAUAAUAAUAAUAAUGCUAAAAGAAAUCACUGAACUCUAAUUUAAUGCUGUGGAAGGUGAACUUCUAUUAUAAAUAGAAGUAAAUGAUUUAAUGCUUAAAAGUAAUCUAAAUUUCUUUGAACUUGAUUUUGAGUAUUAUAUGAAGAUUUUCUAUAUCAUUAGGUGCUUUUUAGCUCUAGUCUUGUAUUGAUCUUGAUAUAAUUGCUUAGUAUAUUAGAGAAAGAUAUUUCUUUUCAUAACAAGCUUCUUCUUUAAAUGUCUGAUUCUAGUAUCAGUUCUCUGUCAACAUAUCAGUUUUGUUCAAGGCAUAAAGAUUAUAUUAAAUGUAAUAAUUGUAGGGAAAUGAAUCUUGUGAUUAAAAAGUAUCAGUUUAAAAGGAUAUUUAUCAUAUUAAGUUUACUGCACUGUAUUUCUUAGAUGUUGCAUUUAAAAACAAUGCGUAGGGUUAAUAUGUAUGCAUAUCAUGUAGUUUUCUUUCUUAACUGUCUGAGUCACAUAUAAAUGUGAUUCUGAAUAAAAUGCGACAUAUAUGCAAAAUUUUUUGAAGAUACAAGCUGAAAUGGAAAAGUUGGUAUGUAAUUCAACCAAUAUGUAUUGAAAUAAUUUUAUGUAAAAUAGUAUGUCACAUAUUUAAUAAUAUUUAAACAUUAAAAAAGCACUUUUGCAAGUAUUAGCUGUUAAAAAUUAAUUGCAUUUUGGAAUACUUGAUAUAAUUUUGUAAUUUAGUUUAAUAUGAAACACUGCUUUCAAAUUACUCAUUUAAAUUGUGAUAUGCUGUAUAUGUAUAUUACAAUUCAGUUCAACAAUUUUAAAACUUUUAAUUCCUUAUUAUCUGUUAUGCUUUCCAAAUAUUUCUUUCAUGAGAUUAGACAAGAAUUAUUUAAUAAUUUUUAAACUGUAUUGAUAGCCUGAACUUUAUAUUAUAGCCUAACAUUUAGUUAUUGUUCUUCAUGCAUUUGGCUGAUAACUGAUUAAUUACAUAAAUUGCAGUUAAAUAGUUUAUGUAAAAUCUCAUGAAAUUCUUCACUUAAUGGUUUUUAUUUAAGUUCAGUAAACAGUUAAAUAAUAUCAGUUCAAUUGCAUAAUAUCAGGUAAAGGUCUACAUAUAUAUCUGUUGCUGUCAAGGUAUGAUAUUAUGUAACAAUGCUCUUCAAGUAAUAUUUUAAAUUGUAUAAAAUUAGAAGUAAAUUUUUAUAAAGGAAUCUUGACUUAAAUUACAAAUAAAGAGCAAAAGGUGUAAAAUGAGCUCCUGUAGUCAGUAUAAUAAAUAAGAUAUACUAACAGUAAUCUCAAAAACAUAAUAACAAGUAAUAAUCAGUAUUGCGAUAAUAAAGGUAUUGAAAGGGAUUACUGUCAGACCUAAUAGCAAAAUUCAUAAAAAUUAACAUAUCCUACUUCUACAGGUUUGUUUAACUUUUUAGAUACUUCCGUAUCUGAGAAUUGACCUUAAUACUUCUCUAUUAAGCAACAGGCAUUUCUCUCAUAUCUCAAAAUCUGGUUGGUCUUCUAUUGUUGGUGUUAAAUGAUUAGAUACUGAAUUUGCAUGUGCUGAUUUUGGCUGACAUUAAAGUUAUGUUUUCCAAGAUUGACAAAUGUUGAAACAAAAGAUGAUAAAUAUCUAAAGUUCAGAUCAUAAAUGUAAAUAAUAUUGAACCUAAAAACUCUUAAAAAUGCAAGGUCUUGUGAAACAUUCAUAAAUUUAAAUCGAUUCCCAUUGUUAAUAAUAUUUGUUCCGUCUAAAUUUUUCUUCUGAGGAACGAAAAUUUUUUAAUCUCAUUAUAUUUUGCUAAAAAAUACUUUUUCAUAACUAUACUUAUUACUCUAAUAUUUCAUUUUCAGAUAAUAAUUAGCUUGGCAAUGCAAAUCGUGGCAAAUAUUAAAUAUUUUCAUUUAUUCAAUGUUAAAAUAAAGAGAAUUGUAACAAACAGUUUUCGCCAGAAAUAUAAAAAUCCCGCUCAUUUGCAUUUGACAAAAAUUGACUAGACUUAAGAUUUAUGACAACUGCAUGUGAUAGAAAUAUUAUUAAAUAACCAUAAAUGUAAGUAAGUGACAUAACAUUAUGAAAUUAAAUAAUCAUAUUACAAUGAAAGAAUCAUUCAAGAUGGAAAGAAAUACUAUACUGAUGGGAGUGAACUGACCCAAUUCUCAUUUUUUGCUUAAGCACUUAUAGUAGGUUCCUUACUUCUUUAUAACAGCUUUUAUUUAUGAUUUUUUGAGAGCAGUUAUGAUUAUGGGCCCUGUUUUUAAAUGCCAAGUUGGCAUCAGAAUUAUCGUGAAUUUCAUGUUUACUUUUCACAUAGAGUUUGUGGCUGUCAUGUUGCUUUUAGUAUGGCAUCAGAAGCAUUUUCUUCUCCCAAGAACUUUUUAUUACAUGCACUUCGCAAGGUAAAAUUGAUGAUGCUGAUUAAUGGAACUGUGCCUCAUUGAUUUUUGUUCCAACACUUAGCAGUCUUUCAACAUUUUGUGUUGUAAUUUGCUGUUGUUGGAUAAGCAAAAUGUAAUUUAUGGUUCACAGUAAAAUGUUUCUAAUCUGUUUUUUCCAGUUCCUCUAUUUUGUUUGCUCAUCAACAGUCUGAAUAACGCCUUGAUCCCUCUUGUACAGGGUGGACGAUUUUUGCCAUGAGUGAGAUUGCCUCUCUAUUUGGAACCUGAGUGAGAAAGAAUUUGCCAUUUUCUGCAAAUAUCCAGUAUUGUGGACGAAUUAGAUGUAGAAUUCUACUAGAAUUAGAUGUAGAAUUCCUGCUAGUUUCAUUUUUCCCCCUGUACAAGCUGAUUUUCAUUUCUAUCCACAAUUAUCUCUGGGCUACUUAUUUGCUUUUUGGUUAUCAAAUUAGAUGUAGAAAAUAAACCUUUUUCAUAAAACUGUUCCAGUUAAUAAUUGUUCUUUCAUAAAGGCUGAGUUGCUUCCAUCACAGUGUGGUGCCAGUUCCUCUGCCCAACAGUAAAUAAAUUGCUGUACUUUUACAAACGUUAUUCUGAAACCAUUGACCCAGUUGUUAAAAUGUAUGCUUUUUCUUUCACUUACAUCUCUUUUUCAUCUUGCAUGCUAAAUGCUUUCACUGAUAUGAAGUUUUAUUUAUUGGCCAUUUUUGCAUAUUCAAAUGCAAGGGUAAAAUGCAUCUUUUCUGAAAGAAUGAUAUGGCAUCUUCCUCUCUUCUUGGUAAAUCAAACAUUUUUAUUCUUUUAUUUAUUUUUUUCCUGAAAAGAAAUUAUACAUGCAAUAUUCAGAGCUCUUCACAUGCAGCAGAAUUGUUAGUAAUCAGGAAUUGUUAACAUUUAUAUGAAACAGAAAGUAUAUAUGGGAUUUACUGAGUUCUUCUCAUCACAAGCAAACUCUAACUGAUUGUCAUUAGAACCGCUAACCAUUUGAAGAUGGUUUGUAUUAGUGAUUUCUUGAUAAUUUUCGCACUAUUAACUAAAUGAGGUGCCAUAAUAAUAAGAAAGUACCCUAAUCUCAUUUUUUCUUAAGCAUCUUAAAGUAUACUUUUAGCAGUUUCCUUACUUCUAUAUACCCCCCAACUACUUACUUCUUAUUUGAGUUAAUAUUUUCAAAGUUGUACAAAGGUCAGCCUAGUUCUGACAAGAUUUAACCUUUUGUUUAAGAUUAAAAUUAUCAUAAACUAAUUUUCUUGCUGCUAUGUAGGAUUAAGAUUAUCUUCCUUAGAUUCUUCUUGAGUAGUUUGGUUUUGAAAUUCCAGAUCAGAUGUAAGUUUCUGCCAGUGAUUUCCAUAAAAAUUCCCUCUUAGCAUCUCUAAAUUGCACAAAAUUCCCUUUUCUACAUAAAACAGUCAACAUAAAUGUGAUAUAAUGUUAUUCAAGGAAACAUUAGUCAAAGUACUUGGUCUUAUAUUAAAUGUAUGUAGUUUUUAAAAGUUUUGCAUGAUAAAAUUGGCUUGAAGUUUAAUUAAAGCAUAGCAUUAUUAGUAAUAUAUUUUUACAGUUUGAGAAACUUAGGUUUAUAUAUAUAUAUAUAUAUAUGUAUGUAUACCAAUUUUAUAUGAUGUGAUAAUUUUUAUUUAAAGCAAUACAUCAAUAACAACAGUAAAAUUAGAUGAAAUGCAACAUUAGAUUAAAGUUAGUCUGUUUUCCAGAAAGCAAAAAUAUUCUGCACUAUUUUCUCUUCCAUUUACUAACAAGAUCAUAAUCCAGUAGAACCUUCUUUAUUUAUAUAUGUGAUGUUGCAUAUUUAAAUUGAUUUACUGCAGAAAUUAUGUUUUAUAAUUAGGAAAAGAAUCACCAUUUUAUAAAACAACUUCAAUUAUAUAGGAUAACUGAAUUAGAGUGAACAUGUGAUACAGCUUUGGUUUAUUUUAUUAAAGUAUAUUUUUGCAUUUAAUGCAGACGUUUUUACAGAAUCAAAGGAAAUAUAAUUGUAUAAAAACUGAGGUACUAUUUAAUUUUGUUAACGUAUAAUUUAGUUUUUUAUGAAAAAUGAAAUUUUAAAAAAUAGCACAGUAAUUGCAAACACAGUAUUUUUAGUUGAUGCAAAAGUAAGAAUAAUCAAUAUCUUGUCUUAUUUGAGAUUUAGUGUAGGUAAAAAACCAUUAGUGAAUAUUGAAUAUAAUAAUUGCUAUAUAUUAAUUACUUGUUAAUGAAUAUUGAAAAUGUAAGCUAUAUGGAUAAGAGUAAGAUAGCUCUGAUGGCAUCCUGGAGGUAACAUUAGUUUGAUUAUUUAUCCAGUUUUAUCUGCAAAGUAUUUGCAUUUUCUGCUUUAUUUUAAAAUUUCUUUGAUUAAUAUUUUAUAGGAUCUCAUUUCCCAUUUAUGUUUUCUACCCCUUCAAGUGAUUUAUUUGCAGAUUGUAGUAAAAGUUCUGUUGUGCUAUAAAAAUAACUAGUUUAAUAUCACAAAAAUACUACUUAUUUUGAGAAUAAUAUAAAGUAUUUGCAUAUUAAUAGACAUAAUAAACUAUAAGAACAGAGAGUCAUAGUAAUUUAUUCAAUAACAUUUGGAUCUGCCUUUUGUUGUGACAGAAAUAGCCCUUGUAUUAGGAUGUUUUUAUGCAGAAAAUGUAGUACAGUGAAUCUGCACUAAACUUUUAUGUGAUUUUUGCAAGACAACUGUAAAAUUCUUUGUAACAAUGUGAGAUGGUCUGCUUUUUUAACAGGGCAUAUUUUCUUUAGUUUGCAGACUUUGCAGUACUUUGAUAGGGGAGAGACUUCCUUAUUAAAGUACUGCAGAGGAUGGCAGCCCAUUUCAUGGAGUCCACAAUCAAAUUCACUUAUGUUGCUGCCUUUACUCUUUAUUUCAUUAUUGAAAUUAUUUUUAUCGUAUAGAGAUGUAUUAUGCAGACAACAUUAUUUUCAGCUUUGUUUGUGGUGUAAUGAUACCUUUGAUUGAUAUUAAUUCUCAAAAUGUAUGUAAUAAUUUGUCCUUUCAUUUUAUUAUUAAGCAUUAUAAACUUGAAAAGUUCUUUCAUUCAUUUAAUUACGAAAAGAAAAGGUUUAGUUUAAAAUUUAUUUGCUAUUGCUUCAUGUUAAGUUAUGUGUAAAUCAAUAUCUACUGUAUUUACUAGAACAUGAGACCCUCUAUAUUUACUAUUACUCUGAAAGUUGAUAGGCUCUUCAGGUAUUUUGAUAAAUGAAAUUUCAGAAUAAGAGAAAGAAGUUUAAUUAUUGUACUAUGUAGAAUAAUUACUCUAUUUAAAUGCUAAAUAAAUUCUCUUUCCCAGAAUUAAUGAAAGACAAAAUAAAUAUUUACUUAUAUUUAUUCCAUAAAAUUUAUUCUAAAAUGUCGAGAACAUCUUAUUUUUUAAUAAUUAUUCUGUGAAUCAUAAUAUACAUUUUAUUCUGUGACAUCAAACUAUGUCUUCCAAAAUUAGUUCAAUGAGUUUAAGGCAGUAAAUAUGCACAAUUUUUAUAGACUCUUAUUUUAUUCUGUAUUGUGAGAAUUUGUAAUACUAGUCUUUAACCUUAUCCUAUAUUUAAGUAUUGUUUUAUUAUUUAAUAGCAAAAUAUUUUGUAUCUUGGAAAUGUUAAAUAAAAUUUGCUUGUAUGUUA